CUGUCAUCCGAUCUUCAUUAAGUCCAGUCGUCAUGGAAACGGACUUUGUUUAUCAAUAUUGGAAUAUUUUGUUUUGUCGAUAUUAUUUAUUAAGCGUGGAUUACUAAUCACUAAUUAAAAAAAUGGUUGAAACUAAGGUUACUCUGACAGAUAAUCCACGUGCUGCGUUGGAGACUCAUAUCACCGCACUACAAAGCGAGUCAAAAAUGACUCGAAAGCAGGCUCUUUUGAAAAUAAACGAAGAAAUAUUUGAAAACCCUACAAGCAAGAACUAUGAUCUUACUGUCGUCUUUCCAGAAGUGUAUGCUUACGUCCUGAAAAGCUUCUCGGAUCCUUCCGAGGCAUGUCGGGAAACUUCAGCAUUGAUUAUCUCUAACUUCAUUGAUAAGCUACCUCUGAACGAUUACUACUUGACAUAUAUUCUACCGGUAAUUGUUCGUCGUAUUGGGUGCCCUGAGAUUAUCGAGGAAUCUGAGGAAAUCCGUUUGGUACUGAUUAAGUUAGUGCGAAACAUUUUAGAAAAAUACAAAGUGUCGCAACUGCUUAGUCCAUUCAUUAACGACUUUACUAGCAUCCUUACUAAGACUGUAACAGAUCCGUUUCAUUUGGUGAAGCUCGAGGCUAGCGAAUGUAUAAUUAUGGUGACAAGAAUCCUACAGAGGGACUUCCACUUUCAAUCGGAGAGCUAUGUGAAGCCAAUCUUGUCUAACUUUGGUCAUCGUCACUUUAGAGUUCGGGUGGCAGCCAUCAAAGCUAUUGGUUCUGUAGUGAUAGCAGGCAAUGCAAAAUGCUUUGAGCUCUCCAUCAGUGCUCUGGCAGAGAAAUUGUUUGAUGAGAGCAAUGAGGUGCGCAUGCAAGUUACUCUAGAAGUUGGCCACUGGAUGCUUGCAUAUAGAGACAGAUACUCUUUCUGGCAUAGAAUGCUACCUCUGAUCCUUACUAGCUUAAGUGACGUCAUUGAAGACAUAAGAACCACAGCCACCAGUUUGUGGAACGAUAUCGGACGUCAAUACAUGGAGGAGAAUGAAGAAGAAUUUAAGAAAAAGACUGAUUUCCUGAAAGAUGUUCCCAAACAUUACCCUGAUGUAACUAGACCUAAUUUCGGAUGUAGGGCUUUGGUACAAAGCAACAUUGGGAAGAUAGUUCCAGCUAUCAAUCGAGAAAUGGACGGCUGGCAAGCAGAUGCAAGACUUCGCGUAUCGCAGUUAUUGUGCUGGUUGAUUUUAUGCGCAGAAGAGGGCGCCACUCAGCACGCCAACGCUAUCUUGAAGGCCAUGCUGCGUGGUGCUACCGAUGAAGAUCCCAGGGUCAUUUUGGAGAUAAAACGUGCUGCUGAAUUAUUCGGCUAUUUCAUAAUCCCUACCACCUGGUGGCCACUGCUGGAAGCCGAGGUAGACUCCUGGGCCGCUCUCCUCGUCAUCGCCAAUAUCAUCAAAGGAUCGCGUCCGGAACUGCUCCAGGAGAAGGUGUUGGUGGAACUGCCUAGGGAGGCUGCUGAUCCUGAUAGAUGCAGGACUAGGAAGCCAAAAUACCAAACGAAUCUGCUGCAUAUGUGUGAGGCCUUAUUGGACGUGUGCGGCGAGGCAUGCACAGAAGUUGCCGACGAUUUAUUCACGAUCAACUUCACGGUACUUGCCAUGCCUUAUGACGAACGUAUACAAUUUAUGGCUAUUGCGAAUCUGGACAAGCUCCGUUACGCGGAGAAGUGCGGUUCGACCUUGAUCAGCUUGUAUGACAAGCAUCUCGGUAAGAUGCUGGCUUCCAUCACCAGCGACGCGCUGACAUGGACACAGCUGUCACCAGACAAGUGCCUGCUUGAAUGUGCCAUGCUGAAUGCAGGAUCUGCAAUGGGUGCCCAGCUGCAUCUCAUAGCGCCCCUCCUGAAGGAAUGCCUUGCGACUCCCAAGGUAGACCCGGAGGUGAAGCUGAAGAUCUUUACCACGCUGUCAACGGUACUGCUGCGAAGAGACACCAACUUCAGUCGGUGUGAUAAUGAUAAACUGGAGGCGUUCCUCAAGAUAGUUAUUGAAGAAGUAAUAAUGCCGAACUUGGUAUGGAGCGCGGGACGAACUGCAGAAGCAAUCCGUACCGCCGCCGUCGCCUGCCUGUGCUCUGCCUUGCAGGAAAACCCUUACAACGAAACACCAUUGACCGAGGAGAAAGGAGGCGAUGGAGACAAGGACGAGAAGGUUGUAAACCUAUUUCCAAGCAAAGAGUCUUUGGAACCUUUCUUGGAGAAGAUGGUGCCUCUACUGGUUGGGCUGGCUGACGACAACUCGACGCUGACGCGACAGCACACGUUGCGCGCAGUCUGCUGCCUCGCGGUGUUGGCCAGGCAACGCGACUGUUUCAGCGGAGAUACCUUACAUAAAUUGUACUAUGUUGUACUCAAACGCCUGGACGACAGCAGCGACAAAGUUCGUUCGUUCGCCGUUCAAACGGUAGUGACGUUGUUCAUGAACCGCCCGCAACCGUACGACGUGACCUUGUACGGCGCGCACAUCGACGCGCUCUACAGCGCUAUGCUCAUACACCUCGAUGACUCCGAUGAAGAUUUCAGGAAACAGAUGCUCGAGGCACUGAUCAAACUGAGCGACAUAGACCCCAAGACUCUUAUGAAGAAGGUCAAGGCAAACAUACAUCUAUACAGGAACAAAUCUGCCUAUGAAAAGCUGUCUAGUCAUAUUGAAAAGAUGUUGUAA